UUCACUUUGUUAGUGUUCCAACUUCAGCAUGGCGGCGGCAGCGGCACCAGCGGUAUCCGAUCAACCGCCCAACCCUCAGGCGCCGGGGCCGGUUCCGUUUGACCCGUCUCGGCCCCCGGUCAUCGAAGGCUUCACCCCCCAAACGAGGUCCAGAGACGAGACCUUCAAGGAGAAGUUCAUGAGGAAAACCAAGGAGAAUCCAUUCGUCCCCAUAGGUUGUCUGGGAACAGCCGGAGCGCUGAUGUACGGCCUGCGCGCCUUCCACCAAGGCAAAACCAGGCAGUCCCAGAUGCUGAUGAGGGGUCGUAUUUUCGCCCAGGGCUUCACCGUGGUCGCCAUCAUCUUCGGCGUGUUCGCCACGACGCUGAAACCCAAGCAGUGAAGGCGGACGAACCUCGCGCUCCUCAACAGCGUCCGCUCAACUCGCCGUGGCCGGAUCGGCUGUGGGAUCUGGACUCUCUGAACGACGCGUAGCUUAUUUAUUGGGUUUUUAUUCUGUUAUAGAAGACACAGAAUGGUGAUAAAAGGUUUUUGCUGCGUGUCGUUUUCAGCUCAAAUAAUGAAACUGGAGUCUGGUUUAAUGGCCUUGAGAGAUUGGGUUUGUUCUCCACAUGGUUUAUCAUUGGAAUAAAUGAUACGACGCAUGUUUCUUCUUACGCAAACCUGACAUUAAAUGUUUUCUCCUCAUAAAACGAACCCUAGCUAGCUGUUUCCAGGUUAACUGUGCUCCUCUGGUUCAAUAUGCUGCAAUGAAAAAGUAUCUCAAUGGGAGGGUUUUAAAUAAAGCCAAGUCAAAGUC